AUGGCGCAGGACGCUCGCCGCAUCGUAGAUGCGAAGCGAAAGGCCGACCUCGCAAACACGAUCCAGCUCAAAAUAUUUUACGACACCGGCCACAGAAAGCUACUGCGUGUCUCGAAGCACGCUACGCUCGCCGACGUGACGGUUCGGGCCGUCGCGCGUUUUGAGCUGCGUAUCGCGAUGGACUGUGCCCGACUACGGGCCUACUCCGAGUCCAUGGCGUAGCCGCGGGAGACGUACGACGGACGCGAACACUGCUCGCUGGUCGAGCUGUCGAUCGACUCGGUAUGCAGCUUGUAUCUCGAGGUCCGACCGAUCACCGAUCAAGCGUGGACGGUAUAUGACCCUACGGCUUUGACACUGCUCGUGCGUCGAUACGUCCCGUCAACGGAUGCGAUGCCCGAGCACUUUACAGAGCCGCCCGAGCUUGUGCAGCUCCCGAGUGACGUGCGACUCGUCGACUUGCUCUCGCUGCUCAGCGCCAAGCUCAGAAUGGAUCGCAACCAAAUGCGGCUGCUGACGAUGCGCACGUCGGGCUACUGGUCCAUUUCGACGACGGUUCUCAACCCGACCAACGACGCGACGACGCUGCAGCAGACGCUUUGCGGCAAUUUGAUGUUUCGUGAUGGCUACAGCAUCUACGUCGAAGCCGUCGACGCGCUGGCGUCAUCGCCGUCGCUGGCCAAGGAGCUCUUUGUAGCCCGCGCCCAUUCGAUCACCCUUCAAGUCAAGACGACGGAGCCAACUCUCCUACGCGCCAAGAACGCCGAAGGUGACGCGAUGGGCUGGUCGUUCACCGUCGACCGCCGACAACCGCUUCAGGAGCUCAAGGAUCAAAUCUGCACGUUUUUCGAGCUGCGACCCGAGACCUUCAAGCUACGUCGCUCCAGAGAAACAGGGGUCGAGUUGAAGCACCUUGCUGUGUCGUUCAAGAACUUGACCCUCUUGAACCAAUCGACGGUGUGGACAUAUUGA